GCCUCUCCCCACUUGACUGUAGACCAUUUGAUACCAGAGCUUGCGCCGUAGAGAGGCAGAUGAAGUGCUACCAACCAUUGAUUCUGCAAGUCAAGUGGAUGACAACCCACUAUUCUUGGCAGCUUUUGCCUCUCCCAUGCCGAACUCCCCACAAUACACUAGCCACCAUCAGCCUCACUGACCUUUCUGUUUUGGAAAUUUUGUAUUGGAUUGUAUUGACAAGAGCCAGCUGCUACUCAAUGAUGGAGAUAGCAUACCUGGAGCUUGGACUUUUUGCCUUUGGAGCCCAGACCCCACCAAGGAAGCACAAUCUUGAUUCUGGAUCAUUCCUCUUGAGUAGAUCGACUGAUUCGCUUGAAGAAAGGACUCGAUGUGUUGAUGUUUCUAAUUGAAAUUUGCUGACUUUUGGGAGAAAGAGGAAGACCUGGUUCCGCCUUUGAGGUCAUCCUUUUGCCCCUUUGUCCCCUUGGGAGUCCGCCGAGAUUUGAGUUCCCCUUGAAGCCUUUCGGUGCGCUUUCGUCCCGUUCCGCCUCGGAUUCUGGUGCUGGUGCUCGCUCUCGAUUAAAGGCUUGGUUCUUGUGCUUCGAUUUCUUGAGCGAGAAGAGAUAUUAGCUUCAUCCUCAAUUUUUCUGCACUGCUUCAAUCGAUGGACUCCUACCAACUCUUCUCAGCGACCUCCGACUCCCCCACUGCCGCUGCUGAGCCCGGGAAGUCGAAAUCGGCGGCCGUCGUCCAGGACUCCACCACUUUCGACGGCGAAUUCGAUCCCCAAGUGUUCAUUGGGUUUCUCGAGGUCUUCAUUUACCAGGCUCGCGACAUUCACAACAUCUGCAUCUACCAUAAGCAAGAUGUUUAUGCCAAGCUCUGUCUCACCAGCGACCCCGACGUCGCUGUCUCCACCCGGAUCAUCAACGGCGGGGGGCGGAAUCCGGUCUUCAACGAGAAUCUCCGGCUAAGUGUCCGAACGAUCGAGUCAUCGCUGAAAUGUGAGAUAUGGAUGCUUAGUAGGGUGAAGAACUACCUCGAGGACCAGCUGCUGGGGUUCGCGCUGGUGCCCCUUUCGGAUGUCCUCUUAGCUAAAGCCAAGUUGGUGCAGGAGUUCUCCCUCUCAUCUACUGAUCUCUUCCAUUCUCCUGCGGGCUUCGUUCAGUUGUCGCUCUCUUACGUUGGUGCUUCCCCGGAUGUUAUGGCAAUCACGUCAGUGCCAAAAACUGUGAUUACUGAGGCUAAUUUGCCGGAUGCAGAAACUGACGACUCAAUUCCCUGUGAGUAUGAGAAGAUUGAAUUCCCCGACCUGAAGGUGGCUAAUGAAAAUCAACAGAUGGUUUCUGAGUACUUCGGGCUACAGAGCACUGAUAUGGAGACACAAAGUUCAGAGAGCUUGGUGACUUCAGAGAGUGGCAACUGUGUCGAGGAUGAUGCAGGGGUGCGCCUUGUGGAAAGCUUCUCAUCCGCCAAGAGACUUGGAUCUCUUGAUUCUGAUAAUGCACUGAAAAAUGACACUACCAUAAGCAGUGUUUCCAUGGCUGAAUAUUCUCCUGUAACACUUCCAGUUGCAUCUCAAUCCAUCUCUGAUGUGUUGUCAGUCACAGCAUCUCCAAGCAGAAAAGAUAAGAGCUCAGAGGUCACAGAUGGUGAAGCUGAUUCAUCUGCGCCAUCAAAGGUUGAAUUCAUGAGACCAAUCAUCAGCAUAAACAUUGAGCCAGAGCAGACAGUGGUUCAGCAGGAUAUUGUUGAUAUGUACAUGAAAAGCAUGCAAGAGUUUACAGAGUCAUUGGCUAAGAUGAAGCUUCCCAUGGAUAUGGAGACCAGCAGCAGCCCGAGUGUGGAGAAUGCUAGUCCUGAUAGUGAGAGGAAGGUGACAACACCAAAAGGAAUUGGCUCCAAAGUUUUCUAUGGAAGUAGGGCAUUCUUCUGAAAGUAUUCCUCUCGAGAAACCGCUGGAGAUCUCUUCGGGUGGCACAGUUAUUGGAUUUGCCUGUGUGUACUGCAGCUGCUGGCAACUGCUCCUCAAAUUUCAUGUUCUACUUAUUUGAUCAAAUCAGAAACAGGAGUCUUAUUUUUCUUGUUUUUGGGUUGGACCAGUUCUCUUUUUUCCUUGUCAAAUAUGAGGCUUCGUAUCCGCGGUAUAAUUUUCUGAUGCUUGUUUAAGAACUUCUACGCAAGAAUUAUACAACUCUUGUAUCUCUUUACUAA